GGGUUUGCCCAUGAAACAUCUCCUGCGAGAUGCUAUGCGAGCGCCAACAAGAGUGCGAUUAACCUGGAAAUUAACGCUACGGAGACGUUCGCCACAAACCACCGCUUGAAUUGCAUUUACUCCCGAGCCGACAGGCCGCGAGUCGAAGUGGAAGUGCGCGUAAGACUCGCAGGAGCUCCUAAAACUGUCCGUCCGUUUUGUCCUACAAAGGCGCCCGAGCGGUUUGACAGCGGCGGCACUUCAGUGCGCAGGCCCGACGGCGGUGAAACGGCUUCCGAAGGACUACAUGACACAAACUAGUCCCUUUAUAGCGGGAAACGAGCUGAAACAUGAGGAAGGACGUGAGGAUACUACUCGUAGGGGAACCCAAGGUGGGGAAGACGUCGCUGAUAAUGUCCCUGGUCAGCGAGGAGUUUCCUGAUGAGGUUCCUCUUCGAGCUGAAGAGAUCACCAUCCCAGCCGAUGUGACCCCAGAGAGGGUUCCCACGCACAUCGUGGACUACUCGGAGGCCGAACAGUCGGACGAGCAGCUGUACCAAGAAAUAUCAAAGGCCAAUGUUAUUUGCAUAGUUUACUCUGUCAACAACAAGAAGUCCAUUGAAAAGGUGACAAGCCACUGGAUUCCACUCAUCAAUGACAGAACGGACAAGGACAGCAGAGUACCGUUGAUCCUGGUGGGGAACAAGUCGGACCUGGUGGAACACAGCAGCAUGGAGACCAUCCUGCCAAUCAUGAAUCAAUACCAGGACAUCGAGACCUGUGUAGAGUGCUCCGCCAAAAACCUGAAGAACAUUUCCGAGCUGUUCUACUACGCUCAGAAGGCUGUGCUCCACCCGACGGGACCCCUGUACUGCCCGGAGCAGAAGGAGUUGAAGCCGUCUUGCAUUAAGUCUUUGACUAGAAUCUUUAAAGUGUCCGACCUGGACAACGACGGCAUCCUGAACGACAACGAGCUCAACUUCUUCCAGAGAACUUGCUUCAAUACGCCGCUAGCACCUCAGGCCUUGGAGGACGUAAAGAACGUGGUCAGGAGGAACAUGGCGGACGGAGUCAAGGACAACGGGCUUUCGCUUAAAGGCUUCCUGUUCCUGCACACGCUGUUCAUCCAGCGGGGCCGACACGAGACCACCUGGACCGUGCUGCGGAGGUUCGGCUAUGACGACGACCUGGAGCUCACACAGGAGUACCUCUUCCCCAUGAUCAAGAUGCCUCCGGACUGCACCACCGAGCUGAACCACAACGCUUACCUCUUCCUCCAGAGCGUCUUUGACAAACACGACAAGGACCGAGAUUGUGCGCUGUCGCCAGACGAGGUGAAGGACUUGUUCAAAGUGUUCCCCUACAUGCCGUGGGGUCCGGAUGUCAACCACACGGUUUGCACCAACGAGCAGGGAUGGAUCACAUACCAGGGAUACCUCUCCCAGUGGACGCUAACAACAUAUUUAGAUGUACAGCGUAGCUUGGAGUACUUGGGUUAUCUCGGCUACUCCAUCAUCUACGAACAGGAGUCCCAAGCUGCUGCCAUCACAGUGACGCGCAACAAGCGCAUCGACCUGCAGAAGAAGCAGACGCAGCGCAGCGUCUUCCGCUGCAACGUCCUGGGGGGCCGAGGCAGCGGGAAGAGCGCCUUCCUCCAAGCUUUCCUCGGCAAGAACCUGCAGGGACAGAGGCGGAUUAGAGAAGACCACAAGUCCUUCUACGCCAUCAGCACGACCUACGUUUAUGGUCAGGAGAAGUACCUGCUGCUCCACGAGGUGAUGCCAGAUUUCGACUUCCUGUCGGAGGCGGACCUGGCGUGCGACGUGGUGUGCCUGGUGUAUGACAUCAACAACCCCGGCUCCUUCGAAUACUGCGCCAAAGUGUACAAGCAAUACUUCAUAGACAGCAAGACGCCGUGCGUGGUGAUCGCCGCCAAGUCGGACCUGCACGAAGUGCGGCAGCACCACAGCCUCUCGCCGCACGAGUUCUGCCGCAAGCACAAGCUCCACCCGCCGCAGCCGUUCACGUGCAGCAUGGCCGAGGCGCCCAACAAAGACAUCUACACCAGACUCACCACCAUGGCCAUGUAUCCCCACUCCCGCCUCCGCUGCAUGUGCGCCUCCAACAGGUGCACAUAUUGCCUGUGUCAGAACCUCCUCAAGUUGGAGCUGCUGCGCAGUAUUAAGGCCCAACUGCGCAGGGUCUUGUUCAACAGGCACAUGGCUCAGGCCGACCUGAAGAACUCCACCUUCUGGCUGAGGGCGAGCGUCGGCGCCACGGUGUUCGCCGUGCUGGGCUUCGCCAUGUACAGAGCGCUGCUCAAACAGCGGUGAUCCCCCCUGACCCCCGACCCCUUCCUCGUCCCCCCGCUGACUCUGCCCCGCCCCCCAAAGACUCAAAAGAGCCCGGCUGACUGACCGACCAGGCCCCAUUGCCUCGGCCCCUCAUACUCCACCUCGUCCCCUUUCCCACAAUGCAACACGGGCAAGAAAUCGAAUGAGCAAAACAUUUUAUAUGCAUUUAACCAUGAAGAGUGGGGUUCCAUAUAUAUAUAUAUUUUGUUUUUGGUGGGAAGACGGCCAGGUUACUUUUAAAAUCACGUUUCCAUCGUUCAGUCUGCAAAUACUGACUUGAAUUCUGUGGUCUAUUAGUCUAGUUUAGUCCAGACGUCACUAGUCGCCGAUGCGUUCAGCUGACCCGGCCCUCCUUUUGUCUCAGGUCAGUAUUAUUCGUUAGAUUAGAUGGUUGGAGCGCAGAGACAGGCAGCCACAUACAGAAACACCACAAAGGGACUCGAACCUGUUAAUAGAUGUAUAUGCAGUAUGUUAUGUAUGUAUUCUUCAAAGAUUUUAGUAUUGGACCCACAGGCCGCACAGAGAUGUUGCUGAUUCAUCUUACACUAGAACGGUCAGGAUCGGCAUGCACUCGUUCAUUUUGUGUGUUUAAUUUAUUAACCCGUUUUCUUUGUUUUCUUCGCCUGUUUUCGGCAGACGGAGGGAUUUACAUUUUCAAUGUAUUUUUGUAUUUAGUAAUAUUGAAGCUGUAGGAAGCGGCUCAUCAUUAUUUUCAGCUUUUUGGUUUUAUUUUUCUGGUUUUGAAAUGGCUAAACAAACAAAUGUCCCUCAUGUUCUAUUUUUAUGAAGUCAAAGGCGCCACAGAUCAACAGAGAAUGCUAUUAACGACAACUGCUUCUCCCACCUUGAAAACUAUGAAAGUGUCUUCUCAUUCUCCUCCCCAGCAUUUACAAUAAAGAUGAGGCACGGCCGCCAAUGCUUAUUAUUGUUAUUGUUGGCUGGAAUGACGGCCAAUUCAACAUCAACAAAGUUUUAAAUAUCUGUAAUAAACGAACAUUUACACCCA